CUCCGAUUGUCUGGUCGACUGUAAUGUUCAUGUUGAUGUUCAUUCUUCACCGACAUGACUUUUCCUGUAACACUCCCAUUUUUGACAGUUCUUAUGUUUAGGUUAUGAUUUUACUCAAAAUUUAGUUUAUUUACAAAAAUGAAAUUUCGCUUUUGUGGCGAAGCUGAUUGUCCCGAUUGGCUUUUGGCCGAAAUAUACACCCUUUCCCGAUUAUCAUCAAUUAAAUUAAAACUUUUAGCUCAAAUUGUGGUUCAAGGGAUUAUAAAGCCACCAGUUGAUAUAAAUAAAGCCGAGCAACUUUUUUCUGAUUCAAAAUUAGACGUAGACAUUGAUUUGAAAGCUUGCGUAGCUUGUUUAUCAUUUAUUAUAACAUCAGCUGUACGUUUCAACUGCAAUAGCAGUGCUCUACAUAGUGAGCUGCAACAAUUAGGGCUUCCUAGAGAACACAGCACUUCAGUUAAACGCGUCGUCGAUGAGCACUCUGAAGAAUUAACAAGUCACUUCAAAAAACAAUCACUUAGAGUUAAUCAGUUGGAUAAUAUCACAGCGGAAGUCGAUAACACAACAAAUUGUGUUUCCUUGGAAUUGGUCAUUAAUGGAGACAGUCACAAAGUCACUAUGGUACCCUUCACUGCAAAUGUUUUACUAGAAAAUUUGAAAAAAGUGAGAGAAACAAUGGUACAAUUGAAGGAUCCCGUCGUUUUUAUAUAAUGAAAGAAAAUUGCUUUAUUGUGCUGAGAUGUAAUUAAUUAUGCCACUUUUUACUUUUAUCAAAAUACAUUUUUACUUUACUAA